UCCCCACCCCGGGGGGCCGCAGUCGGGCCGAGCGAGGUGGAAGUUCCCCAGCCGCGUGACCUUGCACAGGUUGUCAAAUCUCUGGAAGCCUCAGCUCCUUUCCCUAAAAAAACAGGAGCGUAGAGUCCUCCUUUGUGGAGCUGUUAUGGGGAUUCCUGGAAGGAGGGCAGGUAUGGGGGUGAGGCAAGAGAAGGGAGUCCGACCAGCAAAGAGUCUUUCUCCAAAAUGAUGAUUUUUUAAAUGAAUUUUGUUCAUCCAGGACUUUUUAAAAUUAAUUUUUUAAGCACUGCAUUAAAAUGUUAUUUAUCUUGAUUGUUGAAUGUUUUGGCGCCCUCUCCCCCUUAAAUUUUGUUCCCAAGGUGAGUGCUUCACUCACCUCACCCUAGUUCCAGGCCUGGUAGGAAGUUCUGCACAUAAAAUGCUUAGUAAGGGACCUGGCAUUUUAGAAGACAUGUAAAACACAUUAGCUGUUUUUGUAGGCACAGAAUCAGGAGGGUUAGAGAUCCAUAGGGGACCUCACAGUCAUGCCCUUGUGUGACAGGAGGCUCACUGAGGCUUAGGGGACAGAGUCAGGACUAGCACUUGGGUUCUCUUGAGUCUUAUAGUCUCAGUUAUCACAUUCCUACCAUGCUGCUUCUCCUGAGGAAAUAUGACAGAGCCUGGUUUCCUUCCACAGGCACUGUACUAAGGCCUUAGCCCUAACUGCAGCCAUGAGGGAUACCCCAUCCCUCCCCUUGAAUUCUUAAUCAAGUCCCAUACUUGUAGGGCCUUUGUUAUUUAUGCAUUGUAAUCAGUUGCUGGGAUCAAUUCCUGUGUUACAGUUGAUCCCUAAUUCAUAUAAGGGAAUUGAUCUCAUUUCAUCAUUCAGAGGGCUUCGGCCUCCUGCCACAUCUUGAAGUCCAGGACUCACAGUUGCUCUCCUGACAUUUUCAGCAUUGAGUACAGGUGCUUCGAGUGUUUGGGGGAGCUGUGCCAUGUGAUUAUUCUGUGGUUCUCACCAGGGGUAUAGGGAGCCCAGGCCUGGGUGCUCUGGAAGUAGAUUACUGUCAGCAGAAUCACCCCAGUCACAUUUUAAGGUGCUUUGUUUUCAGGGAGAAGCUGGUUACAUGGCACAGUCAUGGAAGUCUGGAGUAGAUUUCACUUUUAAUUUGUUCCCUGAGAUGCUUUUGCCCACUCAUGUUCUUUAUUCCAGCAUUGAUACUCCUGGAGUCAUCCGACGAGUCUCACAGCUCUUCCACGAACACCCUGACCUCAUUGUUGGAUUCAAUGCUUUCCUUCCCCUUGGGUACAGAAUCGACAUUCCCAAGAAUGGCAAGUUAAACAUACAGUCGCCUCUGUCCAGCCAGGAGAAUUCUCACAACCACAGUGACUGUGCCGAGAACUUCAAACAACAGCUGCUGUACAAGGAGGACAAACCCCAGGUGCCCUUGGAGUCGGAUUCUGUGGAGUUCAACAACGCCAUCAGCUAUGUGAACAAGAUUAAGACCCGGUUUCUGGACCACCCUGAGAUCUACCGGUCAUUCUUGGAGAUACUGCAUACUUAUCAGAAGGAGCAGCUGAGCACAAAGGGCCGGCCCUUUCGAGGCAUGUCUGAAGAGGAGGUGUUCACCGAGGUGGCAAACCUCUUCCGGGGCCAGGAAGACCUGCUGUCAGAGUUUGGACAGUUCCUGCCUGAAGCUAAGCGGUCCCUGUUCACGGGCAAUGGGCCCUGUGAAAUGAACAGUGUCCAGAAGAGUGAGCACGAGAAGAACCUGGAACACGGCAAAAAGCGCUCCCGGCCCUCUCUCCUCCGUCCUGUGUCAGCACCAGCCAAGAAAAAAAUGAAACUGCGUGGUACCAAAGACCUGUCCAUUGCUGCCGUGGGGAAGUAUGGGACUCUACAAGAAUUCUCUUUCUUUGACAAGGUGCGCAGGGUCCUGAAGAGCCAGGAGGUCUACGAGAACUUUCUCCGCUGCAUUGCACUCUUCAACCAGGAGCUUGUGUCUGGCUCUGAGCUCCUCCAACUUGUCAGCCCAUUUUUAGGGAAAUUUCCAGAACUCUUUGCACAAUUCAAGUCCUUCCUGGGAGUGAAAGAACUGUCAUUUGCCCCACCCAUGAACGACAGAUCUGGGGAUGGAAUAAGCCGGGAAAUCGACUACUCAUCUUGCAAGCGCAUCGGAUCCAGCUACCGGGCGCUCCCCAAAACCUACCAGCAGCCCAAGUGCAGUGGGAGGACGGCCAUCUGCAAGGAGGUGCUGAAUGACACCUGGGUCUCCUUCCCCUCUUGGUCAGAAGACUCCACCUUCGUCAGCUCCAAGAAGACGCCCUAUGAGGAGCAGCUGCACCGCUGUGAGGACGAGCGUUUCGAGUUAGACGUUGUCCUGGAGACCAACCUGGCCACCAUUCGCGUGUUGGAAAGCGUGCAGAAAAAACUGUCCCGGAUGGCACCGGAAGACCAGGAUAAGUUCCGGCUGGAUGACUGUCUGGGGGGCACAUCGGAGGUGAUCCAGCGUCGCGCCAUCCAUCGCAUCUAUGGUGAUAAGGCUCCUGAAAUCAUUGAGAGCCUCAAGAAGAACCCUGUCACUGCUGUCCCCGUCGUCCUCAAAAGGCUGAAGGCCAAGGAGGAGGAAUGGCGGGAGGCCCAGCAGGGCUUCAACAAGAUUUGGCGGGAGCAGUAUGAAAAAGCAUACCUCAAGUCCCUGGACCACCAGGCCGUGAACUUCAAGCAGAACGACACCAAGGCCCUUCGUUCCAAGAGCUUGCUCAACGAGAUUGAGAGUGUCUAUGAUGAGCACCAGGAGCAGCACUCAGAGGGCCGCAGUGCUCCCUCCAGUGAGCCACACCUUAUCUUCGUGUAUGAGGACAGGCAGAUCCUGGAGGAUGCAGCCGCACUCAUCAGUUACUACGUGAAGCGGCAGCCAGCCAUCCAGAAGGAGGACCAGGGCACCAUCCACCAGCUGGUGCACCAGUUUGUGCCCAGCCUGUUCUUCUCCCAGCAACUGGACCUAGGGGCAUCUGAGGACUCCGCUGACGAGGGCCGGGGGAGCCCCCAGGGGCAGAGUGUGGACCCUGGUGACCGGAAGAAGCCUGCGGUUGGUCCACAGAGCAGCCCCCCUGUGGAGAAGGGGGCCUCCGGCGAGGAUACCACCCCUGAGCAACAGCCACCACCGCCGCCACCACCACCACCACCACCACUACCACCACCACCGCACAAGCCCAUGGAUGACGUCUACAGCCUCUUCUUUGCCAACAACAACUGGUACUUCUUCCUGCGUCUCCACCAGACCCUGUGCUCUCGGCUCCUGAAGAUCUACCGCCAGGCUCAGAAGCAGCUCCUGGAGUAUCGGACUGAGAAGGAGAGGGAGAAACUGCUCUGUGAGGGCCGUCGGGAAAAGGGCAAUGACCCUGCCAUGGAGCUGCGGCUGAAGCAGCCUAGUGAGGUGGAGCUGGAGGAGUACUACCCCGCCUUUUUGGAUAUGGUGCGCAGUCUGCUGGAUGGCAGCAUCGAUCCCACGCAGUAUGAGGACACUCUACGCGAGAUGUUCACCAUCCACGCCUAUGUCGGCUUCACCAUGGACAAGCUGGUGCAGAGCAUCACACGCCAGCUGCACCACCUCGUGAGUGAUGACGUCUGUCUGAAGGUGGUGGAGCUCUACCUGAACGAGAAGAAGCGGGGCGCCGCAGGUGGGAACCUGUCCUCGCGCUGUGUCCGUGCUGCCAGGGAGACCAGCUACCAGUGGAAGGCUGAGCGGUGUAUGGCUGAUGAGAACUGCUUCAAGGUGAUGUUCCUUCAGCGCAAAGGGCAGGUGAUUAUGACCAUUGAGCUCCUGGACACCGAGGAAGCCCAGUCAGAGGACCCUGUGGAGGUCCAGCAUCUGGCUCGGUACGUGGAGCAGUAUGUGGGGACCGAGGGUGCAUCCAACUCACCCACCGAGGGCUUCCUCCUGAAGCCUGUGUUCCUGCAGAGGAACCUCAAGAAAUUCCGCAGGUGGCAGUGUGAGCAGGUGCGGGCCUUGCGUGGUGAGGCCAAGAGCUCCUGGAAGCGGUUGGUGGGGGUGGAGAGCGCCUGCAAUGUGGACUGCCGCUUCAAGCUCAGCUCCCACAAGAUGAUGUUCAUAGUGAACUCCGAGGACUACAUGUACCGCCGGGGGACCCUUUGCCGGGCCAAGCAGGUACAGCCCCUGGUCCUGCUGCGGCACCACCAGCACUUUGAGGAGUGGCACAGCCGCUGGCUGGAGGACAACGUGACUGUGGAGGCAGCUGGCCUGGUGCAGGACUGGCUGAUGGGUGAGGAGGAUGAGGACAUGGUGCCCUGCAAGACGCUGUGUGAGACAGCCCACGUGCACGGCCUGCCUGUGACCCGCUACCGCGUGCAGUACAGCCGCCGCCCCGCUUCCCCCUGAUGCACCUGAGCAGCCGUCCCAGCACGCAGUUCGGUAUGGCUGCUUCCUCCGGCCUGUGUGUCGGUCAAGAGUGUUUUCAUGAACCACCUGAGGGAAGGAGAGCAUCCUCCAGUCUUGCUGCUGCAGGCUGCCAUCUCUCAGUUCCCCAGCUUCCUUUAGGCCAGUCCUGUGCCAAACCUGAACCCCCUGCACUUGAACUUGGGGCUCAGUCCCCAGCAGAAAGGGGACGAUCCAGGCACUGCCUGAGGAGCAAGCAAUUGUGUUCACACACCUGCCAGGCGCCUAUAUCACAUGUGCCAAAUCUCUGGGUAGGGCCAAGCUGGUAAUUUUGUGCACAGGGCAUCUGGAAAAGUCAGUGACAAGCCUUGUGAGGGCACACGUUUGGGAGGGCUCAGCAUUCGAGAGCCCCCAGCAUAAAAGGAGUUGGGCCAGGGACCUGCUUGAAAGGUGUGUCCUUCCCGAGUGGUUCUGAGAGCUUCCAGAAACAUUUCUCAAGUGGGGCAAUGCCCGUAUCUUGACUGUGGGCAUCAGCUUGGCCCAGCCAGUGCUUGGAUCCUCAUUUAAUAAGCAGUAAGAACCCUUUCAGCCAAACUGUUCAGUGUGGGGUUGGGCAGAAGGCACCAGAAUGGCCCAGAAGACACUACUCUGGAAAAAGACAUGCCAAACCCUGUGUUGAUCCAGCAGCCGGACUCUGGGUCUAUGAGGGUCAGGGCUCAGCCCAACACCCACCGAGUUUGAGUGGCCCAUGUUGGAAGGGCCCCAGGGUGGGAUUGUGUACCUAAAAUGGAUGUUCUAGAAAUUCAUAGAUACACACACAUAUUUAUUCCUUUACGCUCUCUUGGUGGUUGUAACUUUUUCAACGACCAAGUCCCAAAGCUUCUUGGGAAGUGAGAGCCCUCUUCGUACCCACCCUGAUGUGUGUGAGUGGCUGAGGCGACUGUCUCAUAGAGACAUCCAUGGCUUUCUGUGCCAAGAACGCCAAGCCAUUCAGGCUGGGGACCAGCUCUUUAAACUUAUUGCACCACGAGAAGCCGUGGCAGGGCCCCUGGCAACAUCAUACUGAGAGUGGGAUCCACUGACAGGUGGGCCCAAAACAAUCCCUGUGCAGCCUCUGCCAUCCACAGCCCUCGCCCUCCUGUGGCUGAGCUGUGCCAAACCCACAGUUCCUGGAAGUAGAGAGGUGAUUCUAGAAGUUACCUGUGGAAUUCAAGGUUUGUGAAGCCUUUGAUUCUAGGGCCAAGGCCGACUUACCCCUCUUGGGGUGUCCCUGCCCCUGAUUUCUCAAGUGUAACCCAGGCACUUUGUCCGAGCCCUUGUUUUAUAAGAAGGGAACUUCUCAGAAUUCCUGAACCAGCCCCUUCAGGCAGCCCCUCUGUGCCUCAGCAGGGGCCUGGGUGUUUGCCAAACCCCCACCCUGCAUGCUUCUAAGGAGCUCUUUUUCAUUUUUGAAGAAUUUCUCUUCUGGGGCUUGAACUUCCUUUGCAGCUGUUUUGAAUGUAGUUUCCUUUUCUAUUUAUUUGCACAUUAAAGUUAAAAAUUAAAUAUUGACCUGAA